AAAUGGGGACUAGUCCUAUCUGAAUCCGCUACAUCGAUACAAGCAAUUAAUUGUCGAAAUGAUUCAUUAUAUAGUUCUUUAAAUAAUGGUGGGAAUCAAAUCCUCAGAUAUUUAAAGAAUCACAAGCGAUGCAUCAUUAUCGCUCAAGGGUUCUAUAAAUGGUCUCGUGAACGUAAAAGUGAAAGAAUGCCUUAUCUGAUCAAGAGAAAGGAUGAACAGCUGCUUUUGUUAGCGGGACUUUAUAAUAAAGUUCAAUGUGAAUAUGGUGAUACCCUUUAUACAUAUACCAUCAUUACGACUUCAUCCUCCAAGUUCCUAUCAUUUAUUAAUGGACGAAUGCCUGUAAUCAUGGAAAAUGAAUCGGACUAUUUGGCAAAAUGGUUAGACCCUAAUAUUCAUUGGGACUCUGAACUAGAGAAACUUUUAGAACCUUAUGAUGGGGAUUAUCCUGUAUCACAGGAUGUAGGAAAUGCAAGCAAUGACGAUCCGAGUCUAAUAAAUCCUGUUAAAAGAGCAGAUAUAACUAACUUUUUUCCGGUAAAAAAUGAUGAAUCAAAAGAUGUAAAUGUAUCAAGCUCGAAGCAGAUGGUUAAACAAGAUGAUGGUGAGGAUGUAAAAGGAUCAACAUCUAUCAUUUCAAUUAUACCAGCUAGGCGUCCGUUGGAUGAAUCGAAAAAUAAUAUAGAAAGAGACGAAUUUUUAUUAAAUGAAGAAAGUCAUCUAAAGCGAUUAUGUGCGCUUCCUCAUUCACUUCCCGCUGAAAAUCCAUCAAAUAACGGGGCUUCAAGUACAGAACAAUUACAAACAUCAUUGCCAAACACAAUUUCUAGAAAAAAGUCCACAUUAAAUUUUAUAGUACAGAAGCCGAAGUCACUUGAGAUGAAAAGUAUGACAAAGACAACUAAUGUAUCCCCUCCGAAAGAUAAAUGUUUAAAACAGAAACCGAAAGCAAAAAACAAGGCGGAUGGAACUGCCAAAAUUACCAACUACUUUUUAAAAUAG